AGAUAAUCAAAGUGCGUGCUCAUAGUGGUAUGUGUUUCUUUUUCGUGGAUUGUUUCAUGUCAGUAAUAAUGAGCCUUCAACAUAAAUUGCAAUGUUUAAAACAAUAAUGUAAUGGAAACCGGUAGGCUACACCAGUAGCCUACUGUAUAUGGUCUCUGGCGUAUCUUCACAAAUUGUUACUAUAAAUGUGCGUAACAAAAGUGAUGCAGUUCUGCAGAACUCUACUUAUAAACAGUUGACAUUAAAAAUGUGUUAUUAAGUAAAAUCGCGUGCAAGACAUUUACUGAAUUUAAUUUCAACGUUUGCGUGACGUGGCCGUGCCUAUUAACGGAAUGAAACAUCCCCUCUCCCACGGUCCCACCCCUCCCUAUCGCUUAAUAUGGCGGGGCUCGUGGCUGUAAUAAAGGACUAUGUUACAGCGUUGCAUUCCAAGAGGGGGUACAUUUCUAACUCCUGGCCUCGCGCCAGCCUCCAGGACAAACGAUCUACACAUUAAAUCCUGCUGUUCUACGGCACAACACAAGUUGUCUGUGUUUUCAUCGGACAACAUCCAAUGGAGGGGUUAACAUCUGGUCAGCAGAUUUGCCUGCGCGGCACGGAGCGGCCGUGCUACAAGAUAGCAUACUUCCCGGAUGGUAAUCACAAGGUGAACUUCGAGGAAGCGCGGCGGGUCUGCCACAGCGACGGCGGCGAGCUCCUGAGCAUCGAGACGGAGAACGAGCAGCGACUGAUCGAGCGGUUCGUGCAGGAACUGCGGGCUGCGGACGGAGACUUCUGGAUCGGGCUGCGCAGGAGCCAGGGCCAUCAUGAAAGCAACAACGACUGUCCUGCACAGUAUCACUGGCUUGACGGCAGCCAGGCCACGUUCAGGAACUGGCAUUGGGAUGAGCCGUCUUGCGGGUACGAGGUGUGUGUGGUGAUGUACCACCAGCCGUCAGCAUCCCCGGGCAUGGCCGGUCUCUACAUGUUCCGGUGGAACGAUGACAACUGUGACACCAAAAACAACUUCAUCUGCAAGUACGCACGAGAAAAGCUCCCUGUUUCCACCACAGCAGCCAAUGGGACACACACAGAUGCUCCGAAUAUAUCUUUGAGGCCAAACUUUCCGCCGGACACACUGGAGGACGAGAAGAAAGUAGUGGUGUCUGAAUCCGCAAAUAACGCCCUGAACAUCACCUACAUAGUUCUUCCUACAAUUCCCCUUGCGGUGUUGCUGUUGGUGACCUCAGCGGUGCUCUGCUUUAAACUCAUCGCUCGAAGGAGAAAGGAGCAAGCGAGCGCCUGCCCUAAGGACACACGGUUCUGUGUGCCGGAGGGGGGGUGCAGCAGCCCCCCCAGCCAGGACGUGUACCAGGUGAUCGGCCGGCAGCACCACACAGACCUGGCCGGCACGCGCCCCGACGCCAGGAGCACUUCGUUCCGCCGCCCCUCCCCCGACGCGCUCUCCCACGACUACGACAACCCCGUGAGCCAGCGCUCCGAGAGCGGCUUCGUCACCAACGACAUCUACGAGCCCUGCCAGGGGCGGGGCAGGCCCUACCGCGAGGCGGGGUGGGUGGAGAACGAGAUUUAUGGCUACUGAGCCCCCGCAGAAUUCUCCACCCCUUUUCUUCGUCCCCCCUUCUCUCUACUACUGCUCUCACUUUGCUCUGAGCACCCCAUCCCCGCCUGCUGAGCAGGUGAGAGGGGUCCUGCCAGGUCUCCCCUGUGUCCAGGUACCCGCUGGUCUUGGGUAGACUGCAGUGGAGCCAACCGGUCUCCCCGCCUGUGGAUUCCUGAAACAAAAAACAAAGAUCUAGGAAUGUGAAAGUCUGAGUGAAUGCUCUAAAAUGAAUUUUCUUCUCCCUGAAAAGUGAAUCUGCAACGUGUAUAAUGCUAAAGCCCUCCUUCCAAACCCCCCUCUCCGGACCCUUGUUAACCCUGGAAGAUAAAAAUGGGGCCGUUGUUCUGGCUCAUCAGGGUUAACAGAGACAUGCCGCGGAGGACAUUCCAAAGGCACAGCUGUUCAUUCAAACCCCCCGCUGCUGAAGUGCAUCGCUGUCUCUUUCUAUUUUUCCACGUCCACGUGAGACUCUUCUUCCUGUUCCUGAAACAAUAACAGCAGUGACCGCAGCUGAGACGACAGGAAGGACAAAGCCAGACUUUUCAGUAAAGGAAGUGCGCUUCCUCUCAGGAUGAGCCCCGGUUCGGGCGGAAAGGGGGCAGUUUUUGGGGCUUUGCGUUUCCGGGAUUUUGCACGGACCUUCGGUGGCGCGUUUCAUUGCGUCUGCGCAGCUGCAGCGAGACUGCGGCCCAGGUGGUUUGGUCUUUGUCUCUCAUAAAGGGAGCCCAACAGGCCUGUUCAGGAACAGCCAUACUCAGAGGCCUCCUAAGACUGAGACUGGAAUGUGUUUGCUAUUAUGAAACAUGCUGUAAAUAAACCUGAUAAACAAUGUA